CUUCCCACUUCCGGUCUAGAAAAAUGGCUGGAAGUGGAGUAAUCGAGGGUCCCUUAAGCAAAUGGACAAAUGUGAUGAAAGGAUGGCAGUAUCGAUGGUUUGUUUUGGACGAAGCUUCAGGUCUUCUAUCAUAUUAUACUUCAAAAGAGAAAAUGAUGAGAGGCUCGAGAAGAGGAUGCGUAAGACUAAAGGGUGCUAUCAUUGGUAUAGAUGAUGAAGACGAUAGUACAUUUACACUAUCUGUGGAUCAAAAAACAUUUCACUUUCAAGCAAGAGAUGGUGAUGAAAGAGAAAAAUGGAUACAGGGAUUAGAGAAUGCAAUACUGAGACACUCAGCUGAUCAUCAGGUAAUGGGACUUAAGCCAGUUCCGACAGAAGCAGAAUUUGAAUUCAAACUUGCAGAAACAGAUGCUUAUUUACAGUUAAUGAUAGAACAAGUUAAGUCUUUGGAGACAAGAAUAGAUGCAUGUGAAGAUGAAUCAACACGAGAGAGAUAUAAUGUCAUAAAAGUCACAGCAGAGGCCAUGAUAGAAGCUAUAAAGCAUGCCAUAGUAAUGUUACAGAUAUCUAAGGAAAGCUUAAAAGGUCCUGUUAUGAAUGGAUCCAUGCAUGAAAGUAUACUUACAAAUGAUGCUGACUAUGAUUAUUUUGGAACAGGUAAAACAGCAGGGCACAUUAUUUCUUCAGGUUCUUCAAACUUCAGACACAAUAGAGUUAUUGGUAUUAAGCCUUCAGUGCAGACUUUGUCUCCUGAGGAGGAAACUUUACCUCCAACGGACACAGUACCUGAGAGAUCUUACUCCAGUAGUGAGGAUGAAGAUUUUUAUGAUGCUGAAGACUUUAAGUCAGCUUCGUCUACACCUCAAAAAGGAAACACACCAGACUCCUCCCCCAGUACAGAAGAACUAAUAGUACAGCCACAAGUCAUAGCUUCUGAUGAUGAUUAUUAUGAUGAAUUGUAUGAUGAGUUAGACAAAGAAAAUUUGGGAUCUUUAGAAAAACAUGGUAGUGUAAUCGCCCAUUUAUUAUCACAAGUAAGGAUAGGAAUGGAUUUAACCAAAGUUGUUUUACCAACAUUUAUACUGGAGCGGCGAUCACUGUUAGAAAUGUAUGCAGAUUUUUUUGCACAUCCUGAUUUAUUUUUAAAAAUUCCUGAAUUAACGACUCCCAGAGAGAGAAUGAUACAGUUAGUCAGAUGGUAUUUGUCAGCAUUCCAUGCUGGAAGAAAUAGUGAAAUUGCCAAAAAACCAUACAAUCCUAUAUUAGGAGAGACUUUUACGUGUUUUUGGAAAAUGCCCGGUGCUGAAAAUAGCAAUGAACAAACAGAUGGACCUGUACCAUGGGCAAGUAAAGAUAAUUUAGCAUUCAUUGCAGAACAAGUUUCUCAUCAUCCACCAAUUUCAGCUUUUUAUGCAGAACAUUUUAAUAAAAAGAUAUCAUUAGAUGGUUAUAUAUGGACUAAAUCUAAGUUCCUGGGAUUAUCUAUUGGUGUACAUAUGAUUGGACAAGGUGUCAUAUCUGUCAUUGAUUACGAUGAAGAAUAUACUAUAACAUUCCCUAAUGGUUAUGGAAGGUCAAUAUUAACAGUACCGUGGAUAGAGUUAGGUGGUAAAUGUACUUUAAGUUGUGCUAAAACAGGAUAUAAUGCUACAGUAGAAUUUCACACAAAGCCUUUUUAUGGAGGAAAAAAGCACAAAGUUACAGCAGAGAUAUUUGAACCUAAUGAGAAGAAACCUAUUGUCAGUAUAGAUGGUGAAUGGAAUGGUAUUAUGUAUGCUAAAUAUAACACUGGUAUGAAUGAAGUAUUUGUAGAUACAAAGAAAAUGCCUAUUAUGAAGAAGUUAGUAAAACCAACUGACCAACAGACAGAAUUUGAGUCUAGAAGAUUGUGGAAGGAAGUGACGUACAACCUGAAGAAUAAAUUUAUAGAAGAAGCAACAAAUCACAAACAGAGACUGGAGCAAAGACAGAGGAAUGAAGCAAAAGAGAGAAAAGAGAAAGGACUGAAAGUUGAAACCAAGUGUUUUCAUGAGGAAGGAGAACAUUGGGUGUAUGACAGACCCUUAUUAAAACGAGUAAGGAAUUCACCAAGUUCUACAUUGUGACAGAUCUGAAGUUAUUGAUGGGUUAAAUAAAGCUAAAACUAUACCAGGAUCCAGCAGUUGCUAAAAAAUUUAGUGCAAUUUUGUUAUAUUUUAGUUAAAAAUUGAUAAGCUUAAUAAAUAAGAUUUCAUUGUUUCUUUUUAUAUUUUGAAGAAUAAAAGCAAGUGUUUUUGCUUAAUCUAUCAAUGAAUAUAUUGCAAUAACUUUAUAGAAAAUACGUAUUAUAGUUCAGCUUUGAUAUACAUGUAGUACUAAGAAAGGUAAUAGAACACUUGUUACACAUUUUAUCAUAUAUUUUUAAUUGAAAGUUAUUUAAAUGAAUUUUUACAUUUUGCAAAUAUAGAGCUUCAUACAUAUAGCUGUCUUUAUGACUUUAAAAGAUUUAUUAAUGAUUGCUUUAUGACGCAUCAGUGCAACAAGGCUUUAUCAUGACAAGGACUUUAAAAGAUGAGAGAAUACUAAGUAAAUGAUGUCAUACUCACAACAAUUUUUUUAUAUGAAAUGUGUUAUAAUGUGUAAGCCAAAGGUGAAGAUUUAAUGUAAUUCUCAUUACACUGCAUGUGUAUUGGAAAGUGAUAAUUUCCAUCCUAUAUUAUACAUUUAACCACCUGCUCAAGUAUAUACAUUCUUACAUUCCACUUACGAUUAAAUUUCGAUUUCUAAUCAGGGAUCAUGUAUCGAAAAUAUUUUAAUUUUGCAUUGAGGAAGUCACUAAUGGCAUUAAUUAGUUGUGGUUAUUUAUGCUUUGCUGAAAUAUGACACUUCAAAACAUCUUUUUCUUGACUUGGAUGCAUUGAUCAUGAAUUCAAGUCAAGUUAUAUGUCUACAUCUAGUAAUUGAUAUUUUCCACUGGAUUGUAUUUAAGUUUAUGUACAUUGCAUGUAGAUUUUUUGUUAAAAUUUAGACUUGAAAAUUAUCAAAAUUUUCAAAAUCUCCAUAUAUAUUGAUCUUAAACUUUUAACUCUGAAAAAGAUCUUUCUUGUCUAUGAGUGUUCUAAUUUUUUUUUAAAUUAAGUAAUUUCUAAAACUGUCUUAAAACAAAUGUUCUCAGCCAACUAUAAACAUUAUCACAAUGUAUUCCUAUUUUUUUUAACUGUUUUGAACUGAAAGUUAAAACAUGAGAUUUAAGUCUAAAUAUGUAAAAUACACACUCAUUCUUAUCUUCAACUUUCUUGAAAAAAGCACUUUCAUUUAUUAAAAUAAAAGUUGGUGUAAAUUGCACAGAAAUCUGGUAACCUUACAUGAAAUUGAUUAUUUAUGAAUUGUAAGAAAUAUAAAGUUUGCAUGAGAAAACAAUAAAGUUUUUAGAUGAAAACAAAAUAUUUAUACUCAUAACUCACUGAAUUGGGCAUUUCACAGAUUUACUCAUAUUUCAAAUUUUUUCUCGAUUUUACAGUAGUAUAUAAAUGUGAUUAAAAUAAUAGUGUUAUUUUUAAUUUGAAGUGGUGCAGAAUUCCUGUCUGUGUCAAGAAGAAUCUAUUGAAAUGUGUUUAAAUAUGUCAUAUCACGUCAAUUUAUUAUUGGUUGCCAGAUAGGCACAAAUGUAGAGAAUUAUGAUUUGAAGAAUAUCUUUAAUACAAACUGUGAUACAAGUAAUAAAACCUAUAAUGCCA